CCAGGAGGGUUUAUAAGCUGAGGCAUCAGGCCCCUCAGCACCACAGCUUUUCCUUCUCAUCCUUUGCUCCUGAGGCUCCAGCUCUUCAGCAGCAUGGCCUUCACCGGCAAGUAUGAGAUUGAGAGCGAGAAGAACUACGAUGAUUUCAUGAAGCGCCUGGGGCUCUCCAGCGACACGAUUGAAAAGGGCCGCAAUUUCAAGGUCGUCUCGGAGAUAAAGCAGGACGGGCAGAACUUCACCUGGUCCCAGCACUACCCCGGGGGCCACUCCAUUUCCAACAGUUUCACCGUUGGCAAGGAGACCGAGAUGGAGACCGUGGGAAACAAGAAGUUCAAGGUCUCCGUGAAGAUGGAGGGUGGGAAGGUGGUUGUGGACUCCCCCCACUACCACCACACUGCGGAGAUUGUGGAUGGCAAGCUGGUGGAGGUCUCCACCUUUGGAGGCGUGAUCUAUGAGCGCGUGAGCAAGAAGGUGGCCUAAGCUGGCCUGAGCAGGCGGGUAGGGCUCCGCAGGGGCCAUAAAGCCGUAUCAAUAAAGUUGGUGUAACAAGACUA